AUGAUCUUUACCCAGGAAACAGGCUCUGACUUGAUAGUUAACGGUACUCAGGGCCAUCCAAUCAAGUUAGACAGGGAGAGGGACAGUAACCAAAUAAGAAAACUACAAGUCCCUAUACUUACACUUUUCCUCAUGCCACUUGCACCGUACACGUCCACUGCUCGCCCAGUCCAGACCGCCGUACCACCUGAUACUAUCUGGUCGCGCGUAACCGAAGAUGAAUUCCGAGAGCAUCUGGUCACGUUGGAAAAGCAGACGAAUGCGGUACUGAUGGAUGUUCUGACUGCUGAAACCGAUGACGAGCAGCAAGACAGCUCGAGUCUAUCUUUGCCGCUGAAGAGGGAGAAGCAAGUCGCAGACGAUUUUGCUUACAUUGCUGCUGUCACCGAGGGAGCUCAAAGCGUGGCGGCCGUCUGCCUCGAACAGCAUAUCAGUACCUCACUCGCUCUGAAUCAUCCCACCCUGGUGAUCCUCGUAGCGGGCAUGGACAUCCUUGAUGAAAAGGUCAAGGAGAUGCUCCAAGCUGUUGUCGCAGAGCUGCAGUCUCUAUCCCAAGCGGAGGCUACCACUGAAGUUAUUUUCCAACUGAUCAUUCAGCAGCAUGAGCAGAAACUCCUUGGCCGCCUUCGCUCAAGGAAAUGGACCAAGCCUAAGCAUCUUGCCAGAACACACAAGAAGCCUCUGUGGCAAGACUUCGAUAAUCUGUUACAUCGAGUUCAGCAUGUCUUUGCGAAGAAAUCUGAACGCGAUGUUCGAGAAGCAAUCGGAACAUCCAUUGGGGAAAUCGGUAACAUGUUUAAAGAUUUCGAGGUAUCUGGCACUGAAACUGCACAGUCGCUCCAGGAGCUUGUAAAAGCAACAUUUGUUUGGUGCAAGUCGCCGCUCAUUGGUGCUUAUGCGUCCAGGCUCGAGACGGCAGGGGACACUCGUCAGGUCGCUGCAGCAAUCAAAACGCUUCGACAGCUUGAAAAAAUAGGGGCUUAUUGGAGAAUAGCCCAGGACCUUGUUGCAAUGGCAAAACAGUAUAAGCAAGUGUUUCAACGCAUCCAUCUCGAGUAUGUUACUCCAUAUGCGAGCAUACCUACCAGUAUAGCCUACGAAUCAUGGGCUCGUACGUGUCAUGUCCACGCUGAGAUCCAGCUUGUAGUGGAGCUCGCGAAGAGCGCCUCACAGCAGGCUGCUAAUCCAUCAACGGUCAUGGUGCGACCUAGAACCAUCGGCACGAGCAAGUACCUGUGCUACCUGUGCUAUCUGUUUCUGCGAUACCAUGGCGAAUUCCAACUGCUGAACUCACACGGACGUUUGUACGACCAGUGGACCGUUCCUGAUCUGGCCGAGUAUAGCACAGCCACAAGGAACAAGUUUGCUGCUGUGCUUGAAAGCAUGGACGAACAUGUCGUUCAGCAGAUCAAGGAAACCCAAUGCAUUAUAUGGCGACCUGAGCCUAUGACAAGUCGGCAGAACUUGCUCUUGUUAGGUGCAGAACCCGUUGUGGACACUUUGGAGGCCGGUGUUGACGAGCUUUCUAUGUCCUGA